AUGCGGGAUAUCUGGUUGCAAAGGAAAACACCAUACCCUGUUGCAAAGAAAACAAGUUUUGGCUGGACGGCCGUUGGUCCAACAGGAGGAUCCGAGACCCGACAUUGCGUACAUCACUUCUCCUGUACUGAUACUGAACCUCUUGAUGUGGCAUUUAAACAAUUUUGGGAAAACGAAUCCUUUGGAACAAAGUCAACAAGUGAGCCACUCUAUUCGAAGGAUGAGAAACGGGCGAUGGACUUGUUAGAACAGGGAACUGUCAAGUUGGAAACCGGUUACCAAGUCCCACUGCUGUGGAAAGAGAAUGAACCACAAUUACAAAAUAACCGCCAGGUUGCCAUGAAACGAUUAGGAGGCUUGGAUAGACGGUUCGAGCGAGAUCCAGAAUAUGAAAAUGACUACUGCAAAGCUAUUGAAAAAUUUGUGGACAAUGGUUAUGUUGCGAAGGUAGACGAAAACGACGAUGUGAAUGGGCCUGACCAAUGGUAUUUGCCACAUCACGGUGUUUACAAGAAGUCUGCAACCGAGAAGAAGCUUCGAGUAGUGUUCGAUGCUGCAGCAAAAUAUAAUGGAAAAUCUCUGAAUGAUGCACUGUUACCUGGUCCAACCCUGCAGAAUGAACUACCUCACGUACUGACGAAAUUCAGAGAAGGUGACAUAGGGUUCGCAGCCGACAUCGAAGCUAUGUUUAGUCGAAUACGGCUACGUGAAGAGGAUGCAAGAUACCAUCGGUUUCUUUGGAGAGAGAAGGACAGUAUCAAAGUUGACACCUACCAGAUGAAUCGUUUAGCCUUUGGCGACACAUCCUCACCCUGUGAAGCGAUCUAUAUUACGCGUCGUACAGCCGCCGAUUAUGGCAUGGGAAAAGAAGAAGCUGUAAGGGCUAUUGAGGAGAAUCUAUAUGUCGAUGACUAUCUUGACUCGGCAGAAUCAACAAGAGAAGCGAUACGACGAGGGAACGAAGUGAAAAACAUCCUAGCUGAAGGUGACCUCCAUCUCAGAAAGUGGGUGUCGAACUCCCCGGAAGUGACUGCUGCACUCGGAAGUGAUCUGGUAGAUUUAGAAACGGGAGGAAAAGUAGCUUAUCUUGCCAAUAAUGGGUCUGAAGCAAAAAUGCUUGGAGUAAAAUGGAACACACUCUCGGACGAACUGACCUUUAACGUGACCACCAUCGAAGACGUAACCUACACCAGGAGAGGUUUACUGAGCAAACUAGCGGGAAUAUUCGAUCCUCUCGGAUUUUGCUCCCCCUAUACGAUAAAGGCGAAGAUCCUCACCCGGCAGGUGUGCCUUCUAGGACUUGACUGGGACGAUCCUAUUCCACCCUCUCAGUUGAGCAAAUGGAAAAAACUGGCUGUCAAAACUAUCGGAGUUAGAGAAAAUCAAAAUAGCAUGUUGUAUACAACUACGAAAAGCAGAGGUGAGAAGCUCUGA